AUGCCCGCCAACAUGUCGUCCCUCAACGGCUCCUACACGGCGACCUUGAGUCCCACGCUCGCCUCGUCCGAAACCGCUUCCGCAUUCCCUCCGCACAUGCUCUCGAGCUCCAUCUCCUCGCUCUCCUCAUCGACCUCGUCGCGCCACACAUCUCAGAUAUCAAAGACCUACCGCCAGGCCUCCACCCUCUUCCUCACGCGUCGUCUGCCCGAGGCCCUGUCCACCAUCUCGCCCUUGAUCACCCCGCCGCCGGGACAGUCGGACGGCGCACCCACAGAACCCGCGCCCGUCGCGAGGGCCUCCAGGUCCACGAGGAUCAAGGUCUGGAGCCUGUACCUCACGACGCUCAACGCAAUCGUCGAGCUGGAGCCCGACGAGGGGAAGGAUGCUUUUGGAAGCCAGGAGUGGCGAUCGCUGUGCACAAAGGUUCGGGAGGGAGAAGUGUGGGAGGAGGUCGUCCGCAACGGAUACCACGGCGUCGAGAGCGACGUCGACUCCGACGUCGUUAUAAACCUCGCCACGCUGCUCCUAGCCCACGCCCGGACUCAAGAACUGAACCAGAAGAGGUUGGAGAGCUAUCUCGCCGCCUCGACAUCACCAAACCUGGAUCUCUCACAGAGAUUCUCCGACACGCCGUCGCCGUCCCCGCGGCUGAACAACCGGCACAGGUCGCCGGCGAAGGGGACGAGCGGCGCCGAUACGCCGAGGGACCUGAAUGCGAGGGUGAAGAUCCUCGAGCUGUACACUCUUCACGUAUUGCUGCGUAAUAACGAAUGGGACUAUGCCCGAGAAUUCAUCAGCGUGAGCUCAGUAUUAGACGAUGAGCGCCGCGAGGCGUUCCUGCAAGCUUUGCAGAGCCUGCAGGAGGAACAGCAAGAAGCCGAGAGGCGAGAGACCGAGGAGAGACGCCAAGAGCAGGAGCAGCUGCGUCGCGAUAUCGAAGAAGCCAAGAAACUAAGGGCUGAAAACGAAGAGAGGGAGCGCAGGAGGCUAGAGGAAGAGCGCGCCAGGAGAGAAGGCACCGAAGUGGACUACGGCAUCGAGGGGACGCCGAGCAGAGCAGGAUCCAGCAAGGCAGGUUCGAGCAAAGGUCGCCACGCGAGAGCCGUGUCGAACGCCUCGGGGUCCAAUUCAAAUCCGAAGAUGCCCGUCUCAAGAGCGAAGGGGAAAUCACCGACCAGCCCGACAUUCGGCACCAGGGCGUCGAUGGUUGUGUCUCGGAUGAAGGAGCUUAUAGAUCAGCUGGGGGCGUCGUUCAAGACGAACCCCAUGUUGCUGAUGCGGCUUUUAGCAUUUAUUUUGGGUUUGGUCGUCAUGUUUGGACAGAAGAACAUCCGAGAGCGGAUACAGCGCGUGCUUGGUAAUGGCUGGAGUAAGGUAAAGGCGACGGCGGGAAUGGGAGUCAAGGUUAGCUACAUAUGA